AAAACAGAACCAGUCGUAGGGCGUGACUAACAUCGUACAGCAACUGUAUAGAAACUGUGGGACACAGAACAACAGAGGGAUAACAAAGACAGUCUUUCAUAGACCACCCAAUCUUUAACUAAUAAAUCGACAGCGCCUUUCAGCUGCGAGGGCAGCAGGUUACCUACCGACCCGGACAUUUUGUUGGAAUCUGGCAAGUCCGGCUAGCCAGCCCUGAAAUGCUUUGUGUGUGUGUGGGCGUGCGUGUGUGUGGGUGUGUUUUUUUUUGUUGUUGUUUUUUUUUUUUUUUUAGUAUGAAGGUAUUUCCUUUGUUGUAACUCAUUUCCCCCUUCUAGAAAUGCAGUUUCAUACAUUACAAGAACCUAACAUGGAGAUGCAGUUUGCAUCCUUCAUGUUUUGCAGUGAAUUAAUUACCAUGUUCUGGACACUUAGGCGUGGAUGUUGGAGACUGACAGCUGAUUGCUACUGUUUGUGAUGGGCUUUGCUAAAAAUAUUUAGGUGAUUUGAGGGAAUGAAGACAAAUAAAUAUAUUUAGGCAGUGCUCCUUCUAAGCAUCACUGCAGUCGUUCUGACUCCCAAGACCUCAGCAAACUCAGAGUUGAUUUAUUCAUCGACUCAGCCAGACAGCUGGUAUAUAUGUCUACAAUAAAGACAAGAGGAUAAGACUCAGCCUUAGGGUGAGACGGUACGUUGUGAUUCGCAGGGUCAUGAACCACUGCUCUUUGCUGGACAGAUGGACAUCAAUGACUGAUCAAUCGGUGUCGCAGCAAUAAGUGUCAGAAAGGAAGAAAAGACUAAAACCCUGAUAAUGAAACUGAAGGUCAGAGAAUGGGAAGGAUGGCCUGGAGAGCUUAUCCUAUACUUCAGCUCUUGUUUACUGUGCUGGGUACACUUGCACAGUCAAACACGGAAGAAAUACGAGUUCCACCAUCAAUCGUGUCGCCAACAGAACGACAGCAGCUAGUGUUCGUAGCUAAUGAGAAGGUGGAAGUAAAGUGCAUUGCCACUGGACAACCAGCUCCUUCAUACAAGUGGUUGUUGAAUGAACAUAGCAUACAAAGUAAAAGCAUCAACUUCAGUGAAUCAACAGGAGUUCUAACAUUUCCUAGUAUCACUGCCGAAGACGAAGGCUUGUUUGUGUGUCAUGCCCAAAGCACCUUUUCUAAUGGCGUGAAAGUCACUUCUGCUUCUGGAAUACAAGAAAUCCGAGUAGGCCGUUUAGAUGCAUUUCCAACAAGAACAAAUGAGAGCUUCAUUAGUACUGAAGGAAACUAUGUCAUGAUUCAUUGUGACGAGAAUCUUCCAAAAUACUAUGGACCCAUCACUUUCAAGUGGUAUACAGUUCAUAAUCAAAAUAAUAUAGAGGUCUUUCCAGAUGAAAGAAAAUUCAUUGACCAAGGAGGCAAUCUGCACUUUUCAUAUGUACUCAAGUCAGAUGAAAGAGCCGUAACCUCUCCAUACAAGUGCGCUAUGUCCAGUGUUAAGGCUCAUACCAUCCAAAUGGGCAGUAAUAUAGCCCUGUUUGUCACAGGCACAGGACCUAUUGCAAACUCGGCACCAAAACUUCAAUUUAAAACCCCUGAUUCAUUCCUCACUGUUGAAGUUGGCAAGAACGCCCAACUUGAGUGUGUCUUCAGUGGAUAUUAUGCAAGCAACAUCCCAUCAGAGACUGUACCCAAAAUCACGUGGUUUGACCAGAAUGGACGAGCAAUCACACAAGGAGGUCGCUAUGAUAUUGUCUCAAAUGGCCGAACUCUUACAAUCAUGAAUGUGACAGAAGAUGAUGAAAAAACCUACAGAUGCAGAGGAAGCAAUGCACUGGGUGCUGCUGACGCAAGCCUCGCUCUCAACAUCACAUCUCCUCCCAUAUGGGUACAACGUCUGGAGUCAACGACGGUUGUAGAAGGGAAAGAUGCAGUGUUUCACUGCGUCACGAGGUCUGCAAAAGGUGAACAGAGUCCUAGUCAGCCAAAUUGGUCCUUGAAUACAGAUCAGAUGGGAUCCACCUAUGAUCCCAACAAGUAUCAGUUCAAUGCCAACAAAACUACACUGACAGUCAAGUCUGUCAACAAGGAUACAGACAUCGCCUGUUUCCAGUGCACUGUGGCUAACAGUGUUGGUAUGGUUAAAGAUGAUGGCUGUAUCAAUGUCAUUAAGGCGACUGAGAUCAGAGUGAGGCCAGCAGCUGAACAGAAGGUCAUGAAGGGAGAUGUGGUCGACCUGACUGUAGUGGCCUCCACAGACCCACUGUAUGCUCCUAAUUUGACUUACUCCUGGAUCUUCAAAAAUGUGACUUACACUGGUGACAAGGCUCCACCAUACGUUACCUAUGACUUCGUCAACAAACUAGCCUACAUCAAUACCUCUACACUUACUGAUGAGGAGUUCAAGCACAUUGCUGGUCUUUAUCGCAGGGUUAUCUCCCAUCCAGUGGAAGCUAUACAUGUUGAUGUCACUGUCCAGAUACAGUUUGGGCCUCGAGAGCCAGUAGUUGCUGCGCCUUCUUUCAACUACUGGAUCGUCGGUCUUUUUAUUGGUAUCAGCCUCAUCAUUAUUGUCAUCUUCCUCAUCAUCUGUGUCAUAUGUCGCAGAUAUAUGCAGGAGGGAACGUACCCUGUCGACGAGAAGGAGACAGCUGCUGGGCUUGACCCAGAGAAAGAACUGAAGGACAGUGGUUUCCAUGAGCUGUCUAGAGCUGACUACAACGAUUUAGAUGUGAAGAAAACACCUGUUAACUUUGAUUUUGAUGACAUACCUCUCGGAGAGGGCGAUGAUGAGAGCUUCUCUGAGUAUGGCGAGGAGCAGACCAGAUUUAACGAGGACGGAUCUUUUAUUGGUGUCUACUCUCAAGACACGAAGAAACCUCCAGGACAGCCUAAUCCCCCAGAGUCGAAAGUGUGAGCCAUCAUCCAGAAGAAAGGAGUAAACAAAUGUUUUGGGAAGUGUGUUGACGGUGCAAAGAAUGUCAUUUGGUGGCUAAAGACUUGCUAUUGGUGAAAUAAGUGAAGUACGAUGUGAUUAAAAACUUUUUUAUAUGUCAACAAACAUGUACAUACACUAAUCGCAAACUUGCUUCAUGCAUGUGCGCUGAGUUAGUAGUUAACAGUGAAAGGCUACAAAACACAGAGUUUGUGAUCCUUCUACAGUAGUUGUGUUCCUUUUGCAUUUUUUUAUUUAUAUAUAUUUAUCUAGAAAUUUUGUUGAUCUUGUACAAGUGUUUCUUGAAGCCAUCAUUACGACCCUCGUUCUGUUAGCUUGUUGUAGAAACAAACUGAUCCAUUAUCAUUCCAUGUAACUGGUCAGAUAAAAGAUUUUUCCAAGUUUUAAAUGUUUUUCUUUUGUUCUCUUGGUCCUUUUACAGCCGAGAAGAUUUAUAUUUUACCCAUAUGGGAGAGAUCAGGUAUGUCUACCCGGCUUAUUUAUGCCCUCCGUGUAUGUUUAUUUUUUGUGUGUUCUUUAUGAUUUCUACCUGUACACGUGCGAAAGGUGGAAGCCUUGGUAGGCAAUAUUUGCUAUCUCUGCUAAGUUUCUUUCAAGUUCAGUUGCUUAGAGACUCCUACAUGAUUUGUAAAAAUUGGAGUGAAAAGCUCUGCACAAUAUUAACACAUUUGUCAGUUGAGAAAAAGGUCAGUACCUGCACAAGAACUCUUGCUGUUUUAUCCAGAAGUUGGCACGAAGAUAAAAUUUUAAAACUUUUGAUUAUCAGAUAUUAGCGAGAAGAAAGGUUUCUUACUUUGGUAGGUAAAAAAUCUCAUCCCAGGACUGUAACGUACUUCUGCAUUUUUCUGUUUAAGCUCUGCUUGCAUAGCUUCUUGCUUAUCACUAGUUUGUUAGCCUACUAGACUUGUUUUUUUAGCAAUUGAAUAUUUUGGCUCACCUUAUUUGCUUCGUAAUAUACAAACAAUUUUGCAAUUUUUUUACAUUAUAUUGAGGUUACUUGUUGAUGGUUUUUUCUUGAAGCAUUGUAUCAAAGACAGGUAGACAUGCUAUCUUCCUGCACUGAUUAUUUUUUGCAAUAAAUUUCU